CCCCAUCCUCUGUCCACCAGGUCGCGUCACCACAACACCCCCGGUUGACUUCCCAUCCAAAGCCUUUGAGCCCGCGGCUCGCUCACCAUUGCAGGGUCCCCAAUGUUCUCUCCGGUCAUUGCCCGGCCAAGCACACGAUGCCGGUGCAGAGGACCUUUACCGUCCUGCAGCCCCUCGGGGGUGGACAUCCUCCAGACGCGCCUCCCCCACGACCGAUGACAUCCAAGCAGGUCCGCGCCGCACACAAAGCGGCCACCCGAAUGCCCAAAAUGUCCCGCGCCGAGCGCAUUCGCCAAGAAAAGGAAGAGCAGGAGCGCAUCCGCAAGGAACUCGACAAGGAGCGAGCAAGCUCGCGGGCCCGCGCCGCCCGACAGCGGAAACGCGACAAGGAGGAGACGGAGCGGCAGGCCAAGAGGCGCAACGGCCUGCCGCUCGUCACCGUCCGGCCCAGCCAGGACACGAUUUCCAAAUUCGUGAGGGGCAAUGGCACUGCUAAGAAGAGGGACGCCGUGGGCGAGCCUGUGUUAGCCGACUGUGGUCCAACUGUGCAACAUGGGGACCCAAGCAACGAAGCCGCCAGCCCCGUCGUGGAAGAAACAGCUAAGAACUCAGUCGAGCCCAGAACAGAGACCAAGGAGCAGGAACUGGACCUGAUACCCGAAGAGGACGAGCUGGACCUGGAGAUGCUGGAUCACCUCGAAAAUAUGACGCGAGUGCCGCUGACAACUGUCGCCGAGACUGUCACAGCCCGACAACCUACGCACCACGAAGUCGACCUUGGGUUGCGACCAAACACACUGACAAAGCCACUACAAGAGAAUCUAGAGCCGGUCCGGCCACCAGACCACAGUAUGCCGGCAAAGCAAUCGUCGGCAAGGCACCCGCCGGCAUCGCCGUCUCCAACUCCGUCGCCACCUCGACAGCAACCACCACUCAGCACGCAGGCUAUCCUUUGCAACUACGACGAUUUCUUCCCCUCUCCAUCACAGCAAGAGCGAGAGCUGUUGGAAGACGACUUUAUAAACACGCCAACUACCCGCCACCCUUGCCAGCGCCCAGAUGAGGUCACCAAUAGUGCUGCCCGUGUCGAAGUCGCCGACCUCGCGCGCGCGACAUCCUCGUCCACAACGCCCGCGCCAAAACGCUUCUUCUCCGCCUCCGGAUCCAACGAACUCUACUCACUCGCCCUACACCGCAACCGCCGUGAUGCGGCCCUCGACAGCAUCCGUCGACGUGAGCGCGAAAGCACUACUACUCCUGAGACGCAUCGCCAUCAGCCACCACCACCACCUCGACCCUCUCGGCCACCCCAACCAGGCUAUGCCCUUCGCACGGCUCAUCAACCACUUCAGGGAAAUCCCAAGCCCUCAAGGGCUGGUCGGCCUGCAUCAUCAGCAUCAUCAUCACAGCAACGACACCGACCCCUGCAACUCAGUCGCCCUCUGGCGGCCGCCCAAACGAUCAAGACAAUCAAGGCGACCAAGACGCCGCCGCAGCACGAUGGCAAGGAAAACGCGGCACCAAACAACAGCAGCAACAACGGCGCCUAUUACGCACAUGGCAACGACAAGAUUAUUAUCGGUACCCCGUCGGCAGGUCCCCCCACCGCCUCACAGGAGACGGAUUACGGCGGGGGCGACUGGGUCGACGAGAUCGCUCUGGAGCUUACGAUCUGACACAUGACUUUGUGCUUUCUUCUUCAUUGAGCAUGAAUUUUGGUGAUUGUUGCGUAGUGGGGAGGAAGGGCGAAGGCAGGUGCGGAAAAGAUCCAUGCAUUGUGACGAGGCACGCAGCGUUUGUCUUUUAUCCUUUUUUGUCCUUUCCUUUAUUUACUCUUUUUGCGUGUGUGCGUGGUGGCGUCUUCACGGGAAUUGCAAGCAUUAGUACGACUCUCAGAGGCUUGGUCGGCGUUCCUAUGGCACCAGAGAGGAUGACGCCCUCAUCAACCGAACGGACGUCUCUGAUGGUGGAAACACGAGGGGAGGAGGACGAGGACUUUGACAGGGCACAAACGAAUCAAGGGAGCAGGCAGGCAUAACGCAUAUCAUGUAACGAGGCAAUAUCACUCACCGUAUACCACCG